UCUCAUAUAGGCCUAUAGUUGUCAAAAAUUGCUGAUCCCUAAUUGAAGAAACCAACAAAGCUGAAAACAUACCUCUAUUUAAAGGAUGUUGAUAACCAGUUUUGUUCAGAGCAUUUUAUUGCAACAUACAUGCUCAAACUUGCAAAGUUCUGGAAAACCGGAAGCCAGAAGAGAAAACUGCCUCAACUGUUCACACACACUUGUGGGGCGGACGCAGUAAAGUAUAUGAGAGAAGAAGUGGGUAUUGCAACACUUCACAAAUACAGUGUAUCCGUUACAGGCCACUCCUUUUUGUCUCAUAAACUCCUUCCUCACUUCGUCUCUAUCCUUUCACCAUCAUGGCAUUCACUGGGAAAUACGAGUCAGAGAAUCAAGAAAACUAUGAGGAGUUUCUAGAAGCCCUUGGUCUUCUCAGUGCCAAGACAGACCACAACGUGGUAACGGAGGUGCUUCAGGAUGGGCACGACUUCACCUGGACACAAAGCAUUCCCAACUGGGCCUGGUCCAAUAAGUUCACCAUCGGUCAGGAAUGUGAGCUGGUGACAAUGAAGGGUGACAAGUUCAAGGCUACUGUCCUUCUGGAGAGCGGAAAGAUUUCAGCUCAGUUUCCUCAGUACCAAUUCACAGCAGAGAUCAUCGAGGAUAAGCUGGUCAUGAGUUGCAUAACUUCAGGAGAGAAGGGCGUGGCUUUCAAAAGAAUUAGCAAGAGGAUGUAAUGCUGCGAGACUCAACAUGCUUCAAUAGAAAAGAGGCUCCCUCGGCGACAAAAAACAUAUCGUGAAAAUGCUUGAAUUACUGAAGCAGAAAGAAUAAAGUAACCAUCUGCAGCGAGGAACAAGUGGGACAUCUUUUGACUUCACUGAACUUUGUUUGGUUGUUCUCGUUUCAUAUAUUUAUGAAGAAAAUUGGUAAAUAUAUAUUGUAUUUCUACCAGGGUCCAUGGUUGAUCCAAUAAAACUGAAAUCAAAUCAAACACAUCUUUUUAUUGUAUUUCACUUGGUUUACACCAUCGAUGCUGUGGUAAUGAACUCUGACAUGCAGGAUGUGUUCUUGUGCACAUAGUAUACUGUAAAUAAAAACACAAGCUGAAUACCAUUUAAAGAUAGAUAAAUCAGGAUAUAUGUAUACGCCUAUCGUUGGCAUUAGUGUUAUUUGAAGUUUGAAUCCAUGGAAACAAACGAUAUUUAAAUGUGAUGCAGACACACCCAGCUAAUGUGUGCUGGUAAUACAUGUGUCAUCCUCCAGACAUUUGUUCUAAUUUACUAAUUAGAGUUACUAAAGUAUGGUUCAAGUACCAACAGGUUGAAACAGUGCUUGAACUUUAAAACACAAAAGUUUAAAAAUAAAUAAAAAACAGUAUUCCUGGUUUUAUAAAGAACUUCAACAUUCCUAUCAUUAUUCCUAUUUAUGUAUAUUCACCACCAGUAUGGUUUCCUUGUUUAAAAUGCACAUUUAUCUUUUGCUUGCAAAUGGAUCCUUUUUUUAAUUGAAGAAAUGAUCUGCUGGGGAUGUCAGUGCUGUGUCUGCAUUACUGCCCCAAACAAAUGAACCGCUGCAGUUUCAGGAGCGUCGGGCCUCCGCUCGGCUCAGGUGGUCGGAUAUAUUCGAAUAGAUAUAUUUGAUUAGUGUGAAACGUGCCUGAGGAGUUGUUUGGUUUCAGGGACACGAUAUCACAAACACCUGUGCACACUAAUACGAUGAAACAACUGAGACAGAGUUUAUUGAGACACAGGUGUUCAUUUAACUUUGUUUCUAUCUUUUUUGAGUUGUGGCACUGAAUUGCAAACAUUGUGGUGUAUUGUAAGGUUUUGAUUUCAAAUGAAACACAGCCAAUUCCAUACCCUCUCAAUCAUCACAUCUCCAAUUGUCUUCAGAGUCAUCGAUUGUAAUGAAGAAAUGUUAUAUAAUUUCAUUAAGAAUACUGUGCAUGUAUGUGAAAUGGCAGUUCAGCCUGAUAAUCAAACGUGACUGAUCAGCUGAGAAACCCACAAUCAAGUCAAUGUGAACAAAAUAUACCUAAAGUAAAAUGUUGAUUGAUGUUGCAUUAAUAUCAAUAUUGUUGCUCUGGUUUCAAUUGAAAAUGUAAAUGUUUGUUUUUUUAAAUACUAGCCAACUGUUUCUACUUCCCCUUUCUUUUACAAUUAAAGCUGUGGUCUGGACAA